AUGGCAGAGCCUACCAAGCAAGAAACCGAAGCCGUCUUCAAAGUUCUCAAAUCGCAGAGGGGAAACAAGUCUUGCUUCGACUGUAACGCACGAAAUCCGACAUGGUCCAGCGUAACAUUCGGCGUCUACAUCUGCCUCGACUGCUCGAGUAAUCAUCGCAACAUGGGCGUGCAUAUCUCGUUUGUCAGAUCAACAAAUCUAGAUUCAUGGCAGCUCGUCCAACUGCGGAACAUGAAGGUCGGUGGGAACCAGUCGGCCACAGAGUUCUUCACAAAACACGGAGGACCUUCGUUAUCGAACGAGACGGAUUCGAAAAAGAAGUACACCAGCAGGGCUGCCGAACUGUACAAGGAAGAGUUGGCGAAGAGGGUUAGAGACGACGUUCUGAAGUACCCCAAGGGCAUCUUCAUUGAAGGUGCAGCAGCUGCCCCAAUCACAUCGCCAAAGGAACAAGAAGACGACUUCUUCGAGACCUGGUCGAAACCUUCGACACCCAAGCCAUCGCAGCCGACCACCCCUAGAGUCUUAACGCCACCAAUUGUCGGACGCACGCCUUCACCUGCCACUACUCCAGCGACUACUCCUUCAUCGCCGCCGUCAAGUACGACAACGUCUGUACCUCGUACAACGACGUCCUCAGCCGCAGCUCGUGCAGCUAAGCUAGGUGGAGCAUCUCGUCUCGCCGCUUCUGGAAGUACUGGUAGUGCCUCUACAACAGGCGCUAAGAAAUCCAAGCUGGGUUUAGGAGCGGCGAAAGUCGCUAAACCCAUCGAUUUUGAGGAGGCGGAGAGGAAGGCACGCGAGGAAGAGGAGAGGAUUCGACAGUUGGGGUACGAUAGGCAACGGGAGGAGGAGGAAGAGAAAGUGAGGAAAGCAGCCGAGGACAAGUUGAAGGCGCUUGAGAUUGGGGCAAAGGUGACUAGUGCAGCCACUACUGCAACCAAUGGCACGAAGGCUGGUGCUGCUGUUCCCGCGCCAUUCCCGAGGUUUGGGUUCGGUGCUAUUCCAGGAGCUGGAGCUGCUGCUGCCACCGCUAUGGCCGCAGCUUCGUCGUCUUCGAAAGCCAGUUCGAUCCCAGAUGGGUCGCCCACUACUGCACGAGACAAAUUCGGAAGCCAGAAGGCAAUCUCUUCUGAUAUGUACUUCGGUCGAGGCUCGUACGAUCCUCAAGCUGUAUCCGAAGCACAGACACGGCUGCAGUCGUUCCAAGGCGCCUCUUCAAUUUCAUCCAGUCAGUACUUUGGACGAGACGAAGAAGAAGAGAUGGCUAUGCGCGCAAGAGGCGGAGAGUCGAUAUUGGGUGAUGGAAGCUUAGCGGGUUUCGAGUCAGCUGCUAGGGACGCGGUUGCGAGGUUUGUGGCCAAUCCCGAAGUGCAGAACGCGGCAGAUAAUAUACGAUCCGGCGCGUUAAAGCUGUCUGAUUACCUCGCGCAAAUGUCAGAAGGAAGAUGA